AUCACCUGACAUUAUUUAUGGAAAGUCACGUGCUUAUAAGUUGACGAUAGCAGGCGUGUACCGUACGUACACGUCCGAACUGUGUGUGCGAAUUUCGUCUACCUUUUACCAGUUUACUCCUGCAAUGCAUGAAGUCUUAACCAUAGCAUUAUCUCAUUCUUAUCGUGCAGUUUUGCCAUGACAGAGGUGAUUGACAUCCAACACGAAUCAAGUUCGGGGACCAUGUCCGGCGUUGGCACCAUUAUUUCGUCUGCUGUAGCCAGUUUUUUCGAGUAUGACACGCCGAAGAUUGUCCACAUCAAGAGCAAGAAAGUGGGACUCAUCAACCGUCUACUUCAACUUGUCAUCAUUGGCUACAUAAUAGGAUGGGUGCUUGUGUACAAGAAGGGUUACCAGUCUACAGAUGAAGUCAUGAGUGCUGUAACAACCAAGAUGAAAGGUGUGGCUUAUACAAAUAUCACUGGUGAACCAAACCUCAAUGUGAAGGAUACAACGCCGUACAACAGGAUUUGGGAUGUAUCGGACUACGUCAUUCCACCACAGCAAACCAAUGCCUUCUUUGUGAUGACCAAUAUGAUAAUCACACCAGGCCAGAGUAAAUCAGAAUGUCCAGAGGAUCCUAAGAUUCCCAAUGCAGAGUGUUCAGGGCCUGAGGAUUGUCAGGCAGACAUGCCAAUCAUCAAUGGAAAUGGUAUAAUGACUGGUAGAUGUGUGAACUAUACCUAUCCAGAUGGAAAUGUAACGCUGACAUGUGAGAUCAGGGCUUGGUGCCCAGUUGAGUUUGAUGAAAUACCUGUAACCAACAAAUCCAUUUUGAGUGAUGCUGCAAGAUUCACUGUUUUAAUCAAGAAUAGUAUCCAGUUUCCUAAGUUCAAUGUCUCAAAACGUAAUAUUUUGGAAGACAGUAAUAGCACGUACUUGAAGCAAUGUCAUUACAGCAGUCGCACAGACCAGUUUUGCCCUGUAUUUCCACUAGACACCAUAGCCAAAGAGAUUGGAGAAGACUUCAAUAGCCUUGCUUAUCUGGGAGCAGUGGUUGGUAUAGUAAUCCACUGGGAUUGUAACCUAGACAAGAGCUUGGAUAACUGUCGACCUUCGUACACAUUCAGGAGACUGGAUAACAGGAAUGCCCUUAUUGCACCAGGAUAUAACUUCAGGUACUCUAUAAACUAUAAAGAGAACGACACAGAUUACAGGACCCAGACAAAGGCAUAUGGAAUACUCUUCCAAGUAAUAGUCUCGGGGGAAGCAGGAAAAUUUGACGUGGUUCCUCUCAUUCUCAAUAUUGCAUCGGGGUUGGCACUGCUCUCAUUGGCUAGUAUAAUGGCAGAUAUCUGUGUGUUAUAUCUACUCAAGAAGCGUUUCCUUUAUAGACAAAAGAAAUUCCAGCUAGUUGAUGACAUUCCAUAUGAGGAUGCAGAUGAUGGGGACAGGAGCGAAUGAAACUGUGGAUGUUUAAUAGAUCUUGUGAUGAGCAGCAGAUAUGGUUCAAAAGAUAGCAGCUGAUCACCUCAUCCCACCCUGCCUUUCUCUUCUCACCAUGCAGACAAGUGAAAAGAGAAAGGUAUGGAAUAGCCCGGCCUUGUCAGUGCCUUGGGCCUUCUUUGAUUCCUUUCUCCGGCCUAGCUACAUUCAUCACAUUCAUUUGUGGUGAAUUGGUUAAACGAAAUAAUGGAGAUUAUAAAAUAAUUUGUGAUAAUUUGCUGCUGAUCGUCUCAUCUCACCCUGUCUUUCUUCUCUCACUAUGCAGACACGUGAGAAGAGGAAGGUAUGGAAUAGCCCUUUAAGCCUUAUCAGUGCUUGCAUGAGGCCUUCUUUAAUUCCUUUCUCCCAGCAAUAUUCAUCACAUUUGUUUGUGGUGAAUCAGUAAAUGAAACAAUGGAGAUUAUAAAAUAAUUUAUGAUUUUUUUUUU